UACGCUGAACAUUUUGAACAGACACGUAAUCACAACUUUGCCUUUUAUAUAUAUUAAUAAUUAUAAAAGUCCGCUCAAGCGGCACUGGUGUUUGGUGGCCGAGAGCGGGAAUCGAAUCCUGGUCGCCGGGUUCUGUAGCGCGGCGCGCUAACCGCUGCACCACCGCUCCCACACUCAGACAAAGAUCGCCCGUACGAGCACACACACAGCUCGCACGCACACACAGCUCGCACGCACACACAGCUCGCUCGCACACACACAGCUCGCACACACACAGCUCACACACACACACGCACACAGCACGCACACACAGCUCGCACACACACAGCACACACACACAGCUCGCACACACACACAGCACACACACACAGCUCGCACACACACAGCUCACACACACGCACACAGUGACAUGCAGGGAGGGUCUGGUGCGUGUCGCCAUGUCCACGUCUCCUGCCUCCUCCGUCCUCGCCUCCAUCAGGCAGCGGCUGGAACCGCUCGGAUUCGAGUGCCACGGCUUCCAGGUGGGCUGGUAUAAUGAGCGGGUGCUGGAGGGCUUCCGCCUGCCCGUGCCAGCAGAGUCUCUGGCCGUGCUCGUCAUCAGCACCCCCUCCAUGUUCGAGCUCGCACUGCUGCCAUUCCUGUCCCGGCCGGAGCGGUGCGGCGUCCGUGACCCCGUGGACGAGUGCUCGGCUUUUCACCUCGCCGCUGUCGCACAGGAGUUCCCGGGCCAGCGCGUGGACGUGAUCCACGACUUCGACGUGCUGCCCAGCCGGCGGCCGCGCCUGCUGGUACAGACGGCGGCGCACGUGGCCGGCGCGGCCUUCUACUACCGGGCCGAGGACGUGCGCGACGCCCCCUGGCCCGCACACAAGAAGAUGUUUGGGGUGUGCAUGCACCCCGUGUACGGAGGCUGGUUUGCCAUCCGGGGGGCGCUGGUCUUCGCGGACGUGAGCGCCUCGGAUCUGCCGCGUCCGGAGCCUCCCGACUCCGUGUCCUCCAACGCCGCACGCAUCCUCCUGCUCGAGAAGUUCAACUACAACUGGCAGGACUGGAGCUAUCGCGACGUGAUCCCCGUGAAGCAGCGCUACUCCGAGGCACAGAAGCUGUAUUUCUCUACACCACCCGACCAGCGGCACACCCUGCCCGGCUUUGCUUUUCUCCAGCCUCAGCCCACAUCACAACCAGGGGCUGAAUCUGAAACUGAACCAGUGUCCCGACCAGAGCAAGGGUCAACACCAGAAGCAGUGUCUGCACCAAAACCAGAAUCGGUGUCACUACAAGCAGCAGUGUCCGUACCAUAGCGAAUGUCUACACCAAAACUUGUUUAAAUGCACAAAAACAGAACUCAUGUCUGUUACAUAAACACAUAUACAUCAGAACCAGUGUCUGCACCUAAAACAUAAUCAGUCAUUUGCACCAAGAACGUGAACGUUCUGACCCUGUGCCUCUACUGGACGUCUGUGAAAAAGAGCUUUAUAGCUCAUCAGAUUCCUCCAGUAUAAAUACAGAUUUUGAUUCUGAAGAACAGACCAUUUGUCAGUCCAAAAGCCGGUGUGUGUACCAUUAACAUUGCCUACAAUGUAAGCCGUGGCUAUACUAAAACCAGAGUACUGUGACGAGAUGCCGCGCUGUCAAUGGGGAGCGAGCGGCUCGUAGCAGUUGAGCUGCUGCACGUAACCCGAGAGGGAUAGCCACCAAUGGCUGCCUGGAUGUCGUCUUCCACGGAAAAGUCUGUUAAUAGAUACCUAUAGCACGAUUGGCAAAGGGGAUUAAAACCAAAUUCUGCCUUGGCUGCAAGUGCCUUGUGAUAGCAGCCUGCAAAGUUCUGCGACCUUGACAUAAGGAACUGCAUUGUGCUUUUGUAUCAAAAUAUGCACUAUAAAGCAGAACUUUAGUCACUGAGAAAUUGUGGACUGCACGUUUCUAUUUGCCAUGAAAAAAGGGUAUACAAUUUAAGGAAAUUAUAUUAAUAGGUUUUCGUAGCCAAUACAAUUGUCCAUACAAUGUUUGUUGAUUGGUUAGGCCGCAUGGUAGUUUUAAGCCAACGUUCUUGUAGAGCGGUAAUGGCAAUCAUUUUUUACUUAAACUACUGUAUGGCCCAACCCAAAAACAUUGUAAAAAUAUAUACAUCUAACACUAUCUGAGCGAUUGUCCGCAUUGUUUCCACAAACUAAGGGUUUAAUAAAUAAAAGUAUAAUGAUAGUCAA